CCCUUCCUCCAACUGUUGCAUGCAGCCAGACUGAUUUCAUUCAUAAAAUCAGUUUCCAGCAGGCGCCUGCGCCUUGGACUACGCACAGGCCCCCUCCCCCCACACAGUCCACAGUCCGAAUAGUCCGUAGCCUUUUGCGCCAAAAUUAAAAUCACAUUGCUUCAGUACGUUUUCGCACGUUCAUUAAUGCAGUCGUGCUCGGCAACGGAUGUAUACUAUUGAGAUCUGUUCAGAUUAGUUCGUUUAAAAAUGUGAUUUCUAAUAUGUACUCGUAUAAAUAGUGUCCAAAACUAUGCCUAGUUGGUACCGUGUGGUGGUGUGGCUUUGGUGUCUUUUAAGCUGUUGCCAUAGCAGGACAGAGGCUGGGACUGGGGCUGGAGCUGGAGCUGGAGAGGUACUCGUGGUCAUUGCCUGUCCACCGCUGCCCCGUCGGUUGCAGGAAGGAUGUUUUGCGUUGUUCGACAGUUUGCGGGAGCAGUACCAACACCUGGCGGGGGUCAUCCCCGGGGAUUAUGUCCUCAGGUUCCACAUAAUGCAUGAGCUAUUCAAUUAUUGGACAUUGCUGGACGCAUUGCCAGGCCAGACACGUUUGCUAAAUGCGCGCACGGAAUGGAUUAUUUGGUGUCAACACAACACGCAUGUGGCCUCACUGCGUGGCCUGCUCGAGCAGCUCCACAGCCAGGACCCAAUGGAGGCUGCCUACUACGGCCAUGCCUUGUACGACACGGAGGCCACGAUUGUGCAUCAUUUUGCACACUACAAGAAUCCCAGAUGGUUCCCGUAUCCCCUGCUCAGUGCCGGUGUUGUUUUCACAGGUGUUCUGCUGCGCAGGCUGGCGGAACUUGUUGCUCUUAGUGCCCAGAAUGCCACCCGGCACAGUGAGUUCGCCAUAGACGCCUCUCAUGAGCUGGCCCGCUUCAUAUUCGACAACUUAACACCUGACACGGACCGAGGGCUAAAAGAGGACCAUAUCGGUGGCCCCGAAGGCGAAACCUUGGAGCGGAAAAUCAUUUUGAAAAGUGCUGCCUACAUUUGUCCCACUGCACUCCUGCACUCCUCCCCCGAGACGGGAACAAGCAAGCCUGUUCCUUGUUUGUUAUAUGCAAAGCCAGAGAUGUUUGCUGUCCUGCCAUCGACUUUGGAGACUCGCCUGCAAGGGCAGGUGCACACAACAGGAUCGCACAUCUAUUUUGCAAUCAAGACCUGUGCAAAAUUCCAUAAGGAACGUAUACCAAUCAUCGAACGCACCUGGGCGACCGACGCCCGGCACCGUAGAUACUACAGCGAUGUGGCAGAAGUCGGCAUACCGACAAUCAGCACUGGGAUACCCAAUGUUCAGACUGGACAUUGUGCCAAAACAUUGGCAAUUUUACAAUUAUCCCUCAAGGAUAUCAUCGAACAGAGGGACAUACGCUGGCUCAUGCUCGUCGAUGAUGAUACGCUGCUUAGCGUGCCUCGGCUGAGCGCCCUGCUGAAUGGCUACAAUCACACGGAGCAUAUCUAUCUGGGGGAACGCUACGGGUAUCGUCUGUACGCCCCAGAUGGCUUCAACUACCACACGGGAGGAGCGGGAAUUGUGCUCAGCCUGCCCCUGGUGCGGCUCGUGCUAGAGCACUGCAACUGCCCGAGUGCCAACGCCCCGGAUGACAUGAUACUGGGCUACUGCCUGCAGGCACUCGGAGUGGUGGCCUUGCCAGCCGCCGGGCUGCAUCAGGCCAGGCCCCAGGACUACGCCAGGGAGCUGCUGCACCUUCAGCCGCCCAUUUCCUUUCACAAGUUCUGGAACACGGAGCCGGAGCACACGUAUCGCAGAUGGCUGGGUGGCUCCGGCGGCAAUCAGAGUGUGCCACAAGCGACUGACACAGAUCGUGUGACAGUGGCAGGGGCGGUGGCUCCAUUGCCCCCGCUUGGAGGACGACUGCAGCUGCCCGGUCUUACCGCUGGCCUGGGAACGGCAGAGAAGCAUUUGGACCUGUAGUCUGCUGAGACCCCAUACACCAUGAACACACCUCAACACUCAGACACACUUGCUGAAAAGAAAUCCUGGCACUUUUUAGCGCUGGAGCCUCAUAAAUAUAUACUCGUACUUUUUCUCCGGCUUAGGGGUUGCGGCACGCCCCACGCUCUUGCCACAACAUGCACUAAUUAGUCAAGGAUUUGGCAUUAAGGAAACAAAUUCUCGACCCUCAAUGAAAAGAAUAUGGAGCACGUGCCGCGCUUGUAAAUGUAAAAUUGUUGUUCUCGGUUUUUGUUUUUUGUUUUUUUUUCAUAAGUAGACUUAAUAAAGUAUGAACAACGUUUUUAAAUUAUGUGCACGUACCAAAGAAAAAAAGUUAAGGAAAUUUGCAUUCGUUAUGGUUUUCAGUUAAUACUGCCGCGUGGGAGGAUUUUUUAAAUUUAAACCUUAACCAAAUUCAAAUAUUACUAUAAGUACAUAUGUUCAUGAUGAUUUAUCAAGAGGUUCUAUUAGAGCUGCCAAUAAAACCUGCCUUCUCUAUACAUAUCCUGCUAAAGAGUAGACAGUAUUAAAAUA